UUCAAUUGGUGUCCUUGUCGGACGCGGCGCGGCAGCCACUGCCCCCUCCGCCCUCCCUUUCAAUAAAUUAAAGAAGAUGAUGCGUCCUAAUUAAGGUUAUCCAUGGACCAGGAGUCGAAUAAUGUGUGCCGCCGCCGCCGCCGCCUUGCACACGAGGAGGAAGAAGAAGAUAUGCUCUCCGCGCUCCCCGAUGACAUUUUGCUCUCCAUCUUGGGGAGAGCGGGCCUCGCGACGGCGGCAAGGACUAGCGCUCCGUCGACGCGCUGGAGGAACUUGCCAUGGUUGCUCCCCAAGCUCAACCUCCAUGCCAGGCACUUCCUGCCCGCCCCAUGCCCAGAUUACCCGGAACGCAUCAAAAAUCUUAAUUCUGAAAUACUCCUACAUCAGGCAAUGGCAUCUCUGACGAGAGCUGCUACGAGUUUCUUGCGCACCAAACAGAGCGGCAGCACCGCAGCAACAAUGUCCCUUGAGAUCUACCUGGUCGGCAACUACUCGCAUGACAUUGGCCCGCUGGUCCGUGACGCCAUCGACAAUGGCAUGGUGAAAGAACUGGACCUCUCCAUCUCGGACGACAAGAUUCCCAAACACUGCAAAGACGCGGAUAUGGUACAGAAAGCUCGGAACGUGGACGGCUUCUUGAGGGCCUAUCCCAAUAUGCUUCCCUGCAUCACAAGGCUCCAGCUUUAUAACCUACGCUUUGCUGAGGGGGUUUAUGGUAUGCAUCACAUCCUAUUUGACUGCUGCAAGCAGCUGCAGCACCUUAGUCUCGAGAAUUAUGACGCCGGAGACUGUUCGUUGUGGCAGAUAAAUGUGCCAGAUUCGAGCCUCAGAGUUCUCGAAAUCUACAGUUCCUGCUUCAAGAGGAUCGAGGUGCUUUGCCUUCCUAAACUAGAACGGCUCCACUGGGAGGUCUGGAUGCAUACCGAGGCCCGUCUGCGUUUUGGUUCUGUUCCAUCUCUCAAGGAAUUAUUCCUCGUAUGUGAUGCCGAUCUUGAUGUCCCGGAGUUUAGUUUAUGCCAGCUUCUAAAUGGUGCCACAGGCAUACAUACUCUCACCUUAAACUUCCAAGGAGAAAAGCUUUGGAUUCAGCAAGAAAGAAAGCAACUCUUCCGUGCUGCAUUCAACAAGCUAAAGAAGCUGUGUAUUUAUGGCGUAUAUGUUGAAUUCGACGGACAAUGAAUCUCCUUGAAGCUGCUCCAACUGUCGAGAUAUUUGAAAUUGAGAUGUUUGAUCAUCCAUGUGUGAAACUAAAUUGGUUACGCGUUGGCGUUCAAAGCGUGCAACCUUCAUGGAAGAUGUCCGGGUUUACAAGCUGUAAUAAGUGGCAACUGAGAGAGCUCCGUGUUUUUAUGUUCAGACCCCUCCUUGGUCAUCAUAUGUUAUUUGUACGUUCCAUGAUGGAUCGAGCGCCAAACUUGAAGACGGUUCUUUUGGUAGAAGGACUGCCAUGCAAGGAGUGUGAUGCAAUGGCAGCACCACGUCCUCCAGUAGGAGGAAUGUUUCCAAGGGGCAAAGAGGAGCAAGAAACAAUCGCCAAGCAACUUAGGGGCAACGGGGACUCGGCCUCCACGCAGAUCAUUUUCAGAACUACUGUUUCGACGGUGGUAUUCUGAACUUCCAUGGUUGUAAAAUAUGUUGUAUGCAGGUGCAAGUAAUAAAGAAAAGACACCCUGUCUCCGUUUCAAAUUAGUUGUA